AUACUUCUCACCACUGCGUGAAUGGACAUUUGAAAGUGCAGUAAUCAAAUGCUUGUAACCAUGGAGACCUCAUCCAUGCUUUCCUCAUUGAACGAUGAGUGCAAAUCUGACAACUACAUCGAGCCGCACUAUAAGGAAUGGUAUCGUAUAGCCAUUGAUACUCUGAUUGAACACGGCUUGGAAGCAUACCAAGAGUUUCUUGUCAAGGAGAGAGUUUCAGAUUUUCUGGCUGAGGAAGAAAUUAAUCAUAUUUUGAAAAAUGUCCAGAAAGUUGCUCAAAGUACCGCUCAUGGCCCUGAUGAUUGCUGUGAUGAUACCUCAUCUUCAGGGACGUACUGGCCCAUGGACUCUGAUGUAGAAGCUCCCAAUCUUGACUUAGGCUGGCCGUACGUGAUGCCUGGACUCUUAGGGGGAACCCACAUUGAACUCCUCUUUCAUCCACCAAGGGCACAGCUCCUUACAAUCAAGGAAACGAUACGGAAGAUGAUAAAAGAAGCCAGAAAGGUGAUUGCUUUGGUGAUGGAUCUAUUUACAGAUGUGGACAUUUUCAAAGAAAUAGUAGAGGCAUCGACUCGAGGGAUAUCUGUGUACAUUCUGCUUGAUGAGUCCAGUUUCAGUCAUUUUCUAAAUAUGACUGAGAAACAGGGGUGUCAAGUUCAACGUCUCAGGAAUAUUCGUGUGCGGACAGUUAAAGGCCAAGAUUAUGUUUCAAAAACGGGGGCCAAAUUCCAUGGAAAAAUGGAACAGAAAUUUUUGUUAGUUGACUGCCAGAAAGUGAUGUACGGUUCUUACAGCUAUAUGUGGUCAUUUGAGAAAGCUCACCUCAGCAUGGUUCAGAUAAUCACGGGACAACUUGUUGAGUCCUUUGAUGAAGAAUUUAGAACUCUCUACGCCAGGUCCCAGGUCCCCAGUUCAUUUGCUCCCGAGGAAUCAGCAAGAGUGAAGCAUGGCAAAACACUCUGGGAAAAUGGAACUUACCAGCGAUCAGUUUCUUCAUUAGCCUCCAUCUCCAGCCAAAGAAACCUUUUUGGCAGACAAGACAAAAUUCAUAAACUAGAUUCUAGUUACUUCAAAAACAGAGGGAUGUAUACCCAGAACGAACGUGACAAAUAUCACAUAAGAAAUCAUGGAUACAAACCUCAGUUUAUUCCAAACUUUAAUGGUCCAAGUACAAUACGUCAGUUUCAACCUAGUCAGAAAAAUGAAAAUUGGAAACGGCAUAGUUAUGCUGGGGAACAGCCAGAAACAGCUCCAUACCUUCUGCUUAACAGAGCUCUGAAUAGAAACAAUAAUCCACCUGGCAAUUGGAAAAGGCCUUCCGACAGUCUCAGUGUGGCGUCCUCGUCGCGGGGAGGCUAUGGGAGCCAGCACCACACACCUGCCCAGAGUUUCGCCGAUCGGCUUGCCCAGAGGAAGACAAACAUCGCAGACAGGAAUUCUACUGUGCGGAGGUCUUUUAAUGGCACAGAUAAUCACAUCCGCUUUCUGCAACAGCGCAUGCCAACCCUGGAGCAUACCACAAGGUCAUUCCUGCGCAACUGGAGAAUUGAAUCCUACCUAAAUGACCAUUCUGAAGCUACACCUGACUCAAAUGGAGAACGAUUUGAGGGCUCUGAUAGUCUUGAGAAUUUGAAAGCCAGUGCCCUUUAUACCCAUUCUCGGCUUCGUUCCUCCUUUGUAUUUAAACCAACUUUACCUGAGCAAAAGGAAGUUAGCAGUUGUACAACUGGCUCCUCAAAUUCGACUAUCAUUGGUUCCCAGGGAAGUGACACCCCUAAAGCAGUUCCAGAAACCCCGACAAGUGUACGGCAUUUGCCAGAAAAACUCAUGCCAGAAGCAAUCCCCAGGCUCCCAUCGCAGUCAGAGGCAUCCAAGAUGCACGCCUUGCAGGUUCCUGCAAACCAUUCGCCCGUCUUAAACCAAACUCCGAAUGCCCAUACAGAGUCAAACAACUAUAUAUACACGACCUUGUGUGCAAAUAAACAGACAGAAAAUCUAAAGAAUCAACAAAAUGAGAAUCUACUUAAAAGGCGAAGUUUCCCGUUCUUUGACCACUCAAAAGCCAAUUUAGAUCAUGGAAACAGUAAGCAUUAUGUCUAUAGCACACUUACAAGGAACCGAGUUAGACAACCAGAAAAGCCCAAAGAGGAUUUGCUGAAAAGUUCUAAAAGCAUGCACAACGUGACCCACAACGCGGAGGAGGAGGAGGAGGAGGAGGUUGUCAAGAGGGAACCCCCAGGUGGCGCUGCUACCAAGUCAAUUUCCAUCGCAGCUUUACUAGAUAUGAAUAAAGAGGAACCCAACAAAGAGCUCACUUCCAAGAAGGAAGUCAAGGGGUCCCCAAGUUUUUUGAAAAAGGGAUCUCAGAAGUUAAGGUCUUUACUUAGCCUUACCCCAGAAAAGAAAGAAAAUUUAUCCAAAAAUAAAGCCCCUGCCUUUUAUAGAAUGUGUAGUAGCUCAGACACUUUAGUUUCUGAGGGGGAGGAAAAUCAGAAUCCAAAGAAAUCAGAGCCCAAAGUUGAUUCAUCUCCUCGAAAAAAGCGUUCUUCCUCCUCAAACUCUCAAGGUAGUAUCCACAAGAGUAAGGAAGAUGUCACAGUUAGCUGCUCUCAGGGAGGAAAUUCUCCAUCCGAUGAAGGUAAUAAAGUAAUACCUUCUUCAGGUCCAGUUGAAAGUAAGUUCUUGGAAAGGGCAGGAGAUGCUUCGGCCCCAAGGUUUAAUACUGAACAGAUCCAGUACCGAGAUUCAAAGGAGAUAAAAGCAGUUAUUACUCCUGAAAGGAGACCCACUGCUUCCCCACGGCUGACGCCCAAUGAGCUCCUGCGAUCUCAUUCGACAGAGCGCCGCGUUUACAGUCGUUUUGAGCCCUUUUGUAAGCUUGAGAGCUCUAUGCAGCCAGCAGGCAACACGCCAAACGCCAGUUUACAUCGCCCAGAAAUCAAGUCUACAACCGUGGGCAACAGUUACGGCAGGUCCAGUCCGCUGCUUAAUUACAACGCUGGUGUUUAUCAUUCAUAUCAGCCGAAUGAAAACAAGUUUCGGGGAUUCAUGCAAAAGUUUGGAAACUUCAUACACAAAAAUAAAUAGAAUACUGUAAUUUCCAAUAGCUAUUAAAACACAAAGUGAGUGAGGCUAUACAUACUUGUCCAAAGAACACUGUGGACAGUGUUU